AUGAUGAAAAGUACCGCUGAGUUAGAAACAUUAAAAGAUCUAUUUUUAAAUCGUAAUGAUAAACCAAAAAUGGUAUUAAUGAGCUCAAAAGAUAUAAGAGUCAAGUUAAAUUUGAAAAACUACCAAUGUGGAGCCUAUGGUAUUUAUAAAGAUCAAUACAAUUUUGUUUUAAAUGAAGAGUUAAUUCAGUUUGGACAGCAGCCAAUACCUGCAUCAAAUGCAAAAUCAAAUACUAAACAAGAUUACCUUGAUGAAUGUGAAUAUUAUUUUCUUUCAUAUGGUUUACUGAUAGCCGCUAAGAUCAUUCAUGAGUUAGGACAUAUGGCGUUUAAAAUGUUAGGCUGGAGCCAUUUACAACAGACCCAGGGCAGCACACCGGCAGGAAAACUGCAGUGUGAAGCUGGUGAAGCUUUGGAAUUACAAAUUUUUGGAUGCAAAUUUUCACACACUUCACCAUCAGCACAAGUUGCCCGUGAAAUGGAAGUAAGAUUUGUUAAAGAAUUGAUAGGUUUAAAUCCAUAUUUGGCUAAUGGACAAUGGUUUAAAAUUGAUAAAACAUAUAUAUCAUUAGCGCAAAAUUGA